AUUCAGCGGAGAGGAUCCCUUGUCAGUUCGGCGGCUCGCGCAGAGCUAAAUUACAUAAGUUGGAUUUUGCGCGAGCAAGAAAUUAAUAAACAAUCAGAAAAUGGGUGGGCAUCAUCAUGUCAAGCUUCCAAAUGUACCCGAUCCAUCAAUUUAUAAAGUUGAAGAUGCAAAAGAUUUGUUAAAAGUACAAGAGCGAUUAGCAAAGAAAGGAUUGAAAGAUCCAUGGAUGAGAAACUAUGUCUGGCGUUGCACCAUAGAUAAGGCUGAUAAACAUCCCAACUGGGUGCUUCUAAAGUUUUUCACAUACGGCUGGAAAUACUGGGUUCCUCUAGUUGGACUUACAAUUGGAAUAGAACACUUCUUGGGUAUAGAUUAUCAUGCUCACGGUCAUGGCCAUGGACAUGAUGAUAAGCAUGAGGCCCAUCAUUAAAGGUGAUAAAUAGAUACAAUUAAGAGAUUCUGUAUAUUGUUUAAACAAAAAAGUCAUGUUAUCAAUGUAUAACAUUGAAAAUUCAAUAAAAUUAUAUUAAAAAACAAAACUCUCAUAGUAAAAGUAAAAA